AUGAUCCUUCAAGGAUUCUUAAUCUUCAAAAAUCCACAAAUCAACAACCCGACUUACAGGCAAUGCAUUGAAGAAGCUGCCUCUAGUCUAAAAAAAUGUGUGACGGCUUGUGAUCCGAACAAUGCUUGCUUCAAUGCAUGUCAUGAAAGCUUUCUUCGCACCUCUUCGAACUGCCCCUGCAUGGCAAAAUGUCCCGCAGGUUGUCCCUGCGAAGAUGGAUAUAAUUGUGAGCCAUUUAUGACUGCAAUUUGUGAGCAACGAUCUGGCACCUACCCUGGGGGACAAUAUAAGUACAUUCUUUCUCCUGAUGGUCAUUUUAAAGAAAACCGAUUAUACCACUCGCCAAUUAUUAAUGAUAUUCCAUAUUUGGAAAAGGCAAGAUAUGGAAUCCUGAAUGGUGAGGUCUACUUCUUUGGCGGAACCAGUGAUAACAAAAAGAUUGCGAAACUGACUGAUUGUGGAAUAGAAGAACUUUCAGUUAGACUUUUGAACAACUUUUCAUCCUGGGCAAGAACUGUUACUCUUCCAACAAAUCCGGAUGAAAUUAUGCUAUGCUCGACCCAUGCUGUGCCAUAUACAAAAUGUGAAAAUUUCGAUGGCCAAAUUUCACGAAACAACCCGUUUAUAAUGAAUUAUCCGCAUAAAUGUGGCUGCAUAGCUCUUGACAAUAAUUUUCCAACAAUAAUUGAUGGAGGAGAUUACACAGCUGAAGGGCCUCUUCCAAUUCUUUCUAAAGUUGAGUCUCUUGGUAUCAGUGGUUGGAGGGAAGAGCAAGAUCAUCCGUUGGAGAUUCGAUGUCCGGCUUGUACUUCUGUUGGUGACGGACUUAUUACUAUUGGAGGCCAAACAAGAGAAGAAGGUGUCGAUACUUAUCUGAACGAUGCUUUUCUAUUUAGUAAUAAAGUCUGGUCUUUUGCUGGACAAAUAAAACAGCGUGGUGGAUUGUCAACUCUUCUUUUUUAUGGUACACAUCUUUUCAAUUUUCCUGGUUGGCAAGGCGAUUCCGUAAAAAAGGUUGAGAGAAUAUCAUGGAAUGGAACGUAUGUUACUGGAACGACUAUCAUCAACGAAGAAACUGGCUAUUGCUACAGGCCGAUUGUCUUUGAAACUCUUCCAGAUGCCUGCGCAGAUACUUGCGAAGAGUACUGUUUUCCGUGA